AGCGGCUCGGUGACCCGGCAUUCCAGGGCAGCUAUGGCUGCCGGCAUCCCCUGUGCGCUGGUGACCAGCUGCUCUUCCACCUUCAGCGGAGACCGGCUAGUCCAGCAUAUCCUUGGAACAGAAGAUGCUAUUGUGGACGCAACUUCCAACGAUGCUGUGAGAUUUUAUCCCUGGACCAUUGAUAAUAAAUACUAUUCAGCAGACAUCAAUCUGUGUGUGGUACCAAACAAGUUUCUCGUCACUGCAGAGAUUGCAGAGUGUGUCCAAGCAUUUGUGGUUUACUUUGACAGCACACAGAAAUCGGGUCUUGAUAGCGUCUCCUCCUGGCUCCCAUUGGCAGAAGCAUGGCUGCCCGAGGUGAUGAUUUUGGUCUGUGAGAGAGUGUCAGAACACGGUGUAAACCGACAAAAAGCUCAAGAAUGGUGCAUUAAACAUGGCUUUGAAUUGGUGGAACUUAGCCCAGAGGAACUUCCUGAGGAAGAUGAUGACUUCCCAGAAUCUACGGGAGUAAAGCGAAUCAUACAGGCCUUGAAUGCCAAUGUCUGGUCCAACGUCGUAAUGAAGAGUGAUAGGAACCAAGGCUUUAGUCUUCUCAACUCCUUGGCAGGGACAAACCAUGGCCUUGAGUCCACAGAGACCUGUCACUCGGGGCAGCUCCGCCUGCCUGCAGCAGACAGGACUGAACCUCUCUCGGAUCAUCGGGGUGCCACGUCGAACGCUACAAGUGCCACGGUGGAUAGCCUUGUGGACCCCAUGUUAGAUCUGGAUAUUCAAGAACUAGCCAGUCUUACUACGAGAGGAGGAGAUUUGGACAAUUUUGAACGACUGUUUUCAAAGUUAAAGGAAAUGAAAGACAAGGCUGCGACGCUGCCUCACGAGCAAAGAAAGUUGCAUGCAGAAAAGGUAGCAAAAGCUUUCUGGAUGGCAAUUGGGGGAGACAGAGAUGAAAUUGAAGGCCUUUCAUCUGAUGAAGAACAACACUAGUCUCCCCUAGGGUCUUAACUCAUGACGAAGCUAGCAUUCCCCACCUGAGAUACCCCACCCAGCUGUGUUCUGUGUUACUGGAUUUCCCAUGAGCAUGUAGGCAGGCCCCCCGUAAUUAUUGAGGCGCUUAAAGUCCUUAGUAGGGGGUAAAGGGGAAGUCUUCCUCAGUAUACUGAAAAGGACCAAAGAGUAUGACAGUACUGAGUGAGGAUUCCUCUGGUAUUCUUCUUUGUUCUGGAAAUGGAAAUAGAACAGACCCGAGAGGUCUCUGUGGUUUACCCAAGUCAGAAGAAAACUGCCACGCCAUUGCUUGUCAACCUCUGACACCUAACUCCUGCUGCUCAGCAGGUGUGUGGGGAUUCUCCCUGCUGGAGGAGCCUGUGACUGUGACCCGGGAGGCUUCCUCAGCUGCAGAUAUGACAUGUGCUAUAUAUAGGAUGGGGUGGGGAAGUGGGCCCCAAGGUGGCAGCCCACAGGUUAGUCUCUAAGUGAAACACUGUGGCUUGGGUAUUUCUUUUGAAGUGCGGUGUCUGAGCUCAUGCUAGAAAAAUAAAUUGGAAAACCAAUGUGGAUUUUUA